AGCCCUUUCCAGCCCAUCAAUUUCCAGAGCAGAGAACCAUCUCGUGCAGUUGCUCGCUCGCCUGGAUUUACACUGCCCUAGCCCCUAGCCGCCGGCGGUCGCCGGACCCCUCCUUCGCGCUGCCGCCGGUCGCCGGACCUCUCCUUCGCGCCGCCGCCGCCAGCCCACCUCCCCAAAUCGGCGCCCGGACCGCUCUCCCCUAAUCUGGUCAUUUUCCCCUUCCCAAAACGGCGCCAGACUGCAUCUCCAUCUGACCCGUGCCCUCCCUAGCGUGGCCGUGGAUUAGAGGAGGGGGGGCUUAGUUCAUUGUUGGGCGCCUAGGCCAUCCGAGCUGCUGAGCCAUCGGGCUGUUGCUCGCUGCUCUACUCGACAGCUCCUGAACCCGAAGAAAUGAAGAGAAAAAGAACUUUGCACAGCUGGUUUGCAAGCAAUUCAAAUGCUCCCCUUGUUGUUUCCGAACCCAAUGCUCGUCCAGUUGAUGUUGUUGUUCAACCAGCCUCUAUUGAGAACAUAAUUCAUCCUACUCCAACAAAUGAGAGAACUAAUCCCUCAACCGAUGUCGAUGAGAGCACUAAUCCCCAUGCAAAUGAGAGUACCAAUCCCCCAACUAAUGAGAGCACAAACCAACCACCAAAGCAUCAUAUACUGGAAUUCCAUCCAAGUCAGAUUUUUGGUGAUCCGGCUGAUCGAAUACCAAUAGAAGAUUAUGCCCCUGAAAUUCGAAGUGAAGUGAGAAGAGCUUAUUUGUUGAAACAAAGAAACAAAGCUACUGGGCAUAAAUUUGAAGUGGGAUUGGAUGGUAAAAUUUGGAGAUCCUUUCAACCACAAUGGCUAGAUAAGUUUGAUUGGUUGGAAUAUAGUGUGAAAAAGGAGGCUGCCUUUUGUUUCCCUUGUUUUCUUUUCAAGAAUCCAUCACAAGCGGCUAGAUUUGGCAAUGAUGUAUUUACAGUAGAUGGUUACAAGCGUUGGAAAACUGCUUUGGGAAAUUUUAGGAAACAUGUUGGUGGUCCAUCUAGUUACCACAACAUUGCUGUGGGCUUAUGUGUUGAUUUCAGCAAUCAAAGGGCCAAUGUGGCUACCAAAAUGCGAGUAUACAAUAAAGAGGCUGAUAUAAAAUAUAAAAUCCGCUUGACUGCAUCAUUGGAUUGUGCAAGGUAUCUCAUAGCUCAAGGGGAAGCUUUUCGUGGACAUGAUGAAUCCUCCAAUUCCGUCAACAAAGGCAAUUUUAGGGAGUUCUUGGACUGGUAUAAGGACAAGAAUAAGGAUGUGAAAGAUGCAUUUGAUAAGGGGCAAGGCAAUACACUUAUGAUAUGUCCAGAUAUUCAAAAGGACCUUGCUACAUGUUGUGCAUUGGAGGUAACCAAAGUCAUCAAGGAAGAGCUUGGAGAUAAGAAUUUCUCGAUACUUAUUGAUGAGGCUAGAGAUUGCUCAAUAAAGGAGCAAAUGGCAAUAAUUUUGAGAUUUUUAGAUGAUCACGGGGAGCUUCAGGAGAGAUUUCUUGCUAUUAAGCACAUCACAGAUUGUACAUCUGCCGGAAUUAAAGAAGCAUUGGUCCAUGUGUUGGAGUACCAUGGCCUGCCUAUUAAUAGGCUACGUGGAUAGGGUUACGACGGGGCUUCAAAUAUGAGAGGAGAAUUCAACGGUUUGCAAAAGCUAAUUCGUGAUGAGAGUCCAUAUGCUUUCUUUGUUCACUGCUUUGCCCACCAGUUGCAGUUAGUGGUUGUCACAGUGGCUCAGUGUUGUCCAGUUAUUGCUGAUUUUUUCAACUACCUUCCCUUGAUAGUGACUCAGGUGGGUUCAUCUUGCAAAAGGAAGGAUGCAUUGCUUGCAAAGCAUCAAGACAACUUGAUAGAAAUGAUGGAAAAUUGUAAGAUAUCAUCUGGAACUGGAUUACAUCAAGAAACUAACCUAGCUGGACCAGGAGCUACUCGUUGGGGCUCACAUCUUAGAACCUUACUUCGUCUGUACACAAUGUGGAAUGCAGUGGUGGAUGUGCUUGCAAUUGUGGUCGACGAUGCCCGGGAACACACUUCUCAAGGUGGAGCUUCAGGUUUGAUCAUACAGAUGGAAUGCUUCCAGUUUGUGUUCAUCAUGCUAUUCUUAAUAAACUUGUUGAGCAUCACUAAUUUGCUAUCACAAGCUUUGCAAAGAAAGAAACAAGAUGUUGCUGAAGCCUUGCGUUUGAUCUUGGAUGUGAAAGAAGCUUUGCAAAAUAUGAGGGAUAAUGGGUAUGAGUCAUUAUGCGACCAAGCAAAAAACUUCUGUGAGGAACAUGGCAUUGAGGUGCCAAACAUGGAUGAUCUUGUUGGAGCUAUGGGGCAAUCUGUUCGCAGCAAGAAUAAGGUGACUCGAUAUCAUUAUUUCAAGGUUAGCAUAUUCAAUGUUGCUCUUGAUGCAACUCUCACCGAGAUGAAUCAUCGAUUCAAUGAAGUUAACACCGAGUUAGUGGAUUGCAUGUCUUGCCUUACUCCAACCAACAACUUCUCAAAGUUUAAUGUUGACAAACUUAUUCGACUUGCUGAAAUUUAUGCUGAGGAUUUUACACAAUCUGAAGGGCUGUUGCUAAGAACUCAACUUCCAACAUUUCUUACAAAUAUUAGGAGAAGUGAUGAAUUCAAUGGAUGUUCGGAUGUUUCUACCCUUGCUCGGUUGAUGGUUCAAACAACAAAACAUAGAACUUUCCAAUUGGUAUAUCGCCUCAUCGAGUUGACAUUGAUUCUUCCAGUGGCAACUUCCUCGGUCGAGCGAAUUUUUUCAGCAAUGAAGAUCAUUAAAACUGAUUUACGCAAUAAGAUAUCGGAUGAUUGGCUCAAUGAUUUAAUGGUGUGCUAUUGCGAGAAAAGGAUAUUUAAAAGUAUUCCCGAUAAUCAAAUUAUGAUAGGAUUCCAGAAAAUGAAAGAUCGCAAUGGACAUUUGCCUCGUGAGUACAAUGUGAUUUCUUAGAGAUGGCUUCCAGUUGGAUAAUUGGGCAUCUAUUUCUAUAUAUUGGUUUCUAGUUGUUCUGCAAUACCAUUAGUAAGCAACAUUACUAUCAUUGUUGUUGCUUCUCUAGUCUUUUGUAUUGGUGUGUGCCCAGCAGUACUCUGGAAAAUUCUGAGCUAAUUUGGGGUACAAGAUUUCAUAUUUCAAAAAAUUCUGGCAAAUUUUAACCUUCUUUGGGCAAAAGAAUUAGGAGUUAGUGGCUUUUUUUCCCACCCUGUUAACUUUGAGCCCGCCCUCGAUUUUCUUCCAAGAUUCGCCACUGGCUCUACAACAUGGGCACAAUACAGAGUAUCUGACAUCAAGACUCUUCUCCUCAUCGGCGUGAUUGGUCGACAAAAUAAACGGCAACACAUUACCAACAAAACAGAUAUGUUUAUUUAUUUGUUUGCUCAUUACUACUCUAUAUAUUUUAGCUAGCUAAGGACUUUGUUGCAUAUGUUGGUCACAGACAUUUGAAAAGAUAUGAACGUAUUAUGAAGUGCAGCGGCAUUAUGAGAUGAAUGUGGAUGUGGAUGUAUAUGUGAUAUGAUGAAUUUGCAAUGGAUGUUUACCAUGA